CCUCCAGCCCGCAGCCAUGUCUCUCCGUGUCGCCUGCUUUGGACCUCCGUCCUCGACGCGACUCGAAAUGGACCCCAACUGCUCUUGCUCCACCGGUGGCUCCUGCACGUGCGCCGGCUCCUGCAAAUGCAAGGAGUGCAAAUGCACCUCCUGCAAGAAGAGCUGCUGCUCCCGCUGUCCCGCGGGCUGUGCCAAGUGUGCCCAGGGCUGCAUCUGCAAAGGCGCAUCGGACAAGUGCAGUUGCUGUGCCUGAUGCGGGGGAGCCUGAGCCUGAUGUAAAUA